CCAGACAGGCGAGACAACCUGUUCCCGAGCCUCCGCCACUCUUUCUCGGCGGUGGUUGCUGGACGUAGACCUGGCCGAGGGAGUAGGAGACAGACAUCGGGGGCGCAAAUGGGUCAGUAUCCCAGUCCUCUACAUCUGUAGUGCCCUCUUUUCCCUGCUCUCUUCCCUUGCCUCCGCCUCGCGCUACUCACGGGCUGAGCUUGCGGUUGAGGGUAGUAGCCCUGCUGUCCUCCUCCGUAUGCCUGCUGUGGUUGCUGUGGUGGGUAGUAGCCCUGUGAAGCGAGAGAGUGAGGGGAUGAUCAUAUCAGCAUCAGGGCCCUUCUCCUUCUACUCGGCGCUCUUCCUUCUGAAUAGGUCGAGUCGUGAAGCAUCCCUCCGAUGCAAUGCAACUCACUCCCUGGGGUGCGCCAUACCCGCCCUGCUGAGGGUAUCCUCCCUGUUGGGGGUAUUGACCUCCUUGCGGUGGGUAGUAGUUCUGCUGUCCUCCUCCACCUCCGUAGUACUGUUAGGGAAAGCGAAGGUUCACGCCAGAAGAGGAUGGGGUGAAAUCAGGUCAAUGGCUGUACAGAUGGUUGAGUGGCGUAUGGGACUAAGGCUGGAGGGACAUGGGCCCACACAUCCUCUAGUGAUGAUCCUGCUUCCUCGUGGCUACCGAGAAGAGGUUCAAGCCGAGAGCAGCCUGCCAAUGCCUUGUCGGGUGGGCUUGCGAGAUAGGCUGUCCUCAUCCACACUAGGAGGCCAUCGUACCACCCCUCGUAACUUCCUUCCGAGCUAAGCCAAUCUGGGCAAGACGCUCGCUCUACACUGUGGUCCAGCUGGAGCUAUCGCUGUCUGUCCGGUAUCAGCAGCAGCUGCUCGACUUGAGUAGAGAAUGUCCACCUCGAAGUGCUGCUAUGCCACAUUGCCUUUUGCCUUCUC